AUGGACCUGCGCCUGUUCAUUUGUUGCGUUUUUCUGGCGUGUCAUGGAGUAUCUAGAGGCCAACUCUUUAGGUGCCCUAAAGGCCAGUGGCAGUGUGACGAUGGGAACUGCAUCACUGAGGUCUGGAGGUGUGACGGCCAGGGAGACUGUCUGGACGGAUCUGAUGAAAUGGAAUGCACUACGCUCUCGGGCUCAGAGUGUCCUCUGGGCCAGUUUCCGUGUCUGGGUUCCGUGGGCUGCGUCGCCGCGUCGGCUCGCUGUGACGGACGCAGCCAGUGUCCAUCUGGUUCCGAUGAGGAGAACUGCCCUCCCGUAGAGGGCUGCCUGGACUCCGACUGGACGUGCCGAAACGGCAUCUGUGUCCCCAAAGAGCUUCGCUGCAACGGACGAAACGACUGCAUGGACAACUCUGAUGAAGCGGACUGUGGUCUGUGCCGUGAGGGCGGGGUCCGGUGUCCUGAGGGGACCUGUCUGCCUGCAGAAGAGAGGUGUGACGGGCAGAUUCACUGCUCUGAUGGCAGUGAUGAGCCUUUAACCUGUGGUCGCAUCUGCUCCAUGAACAACGGCGGCUGCAGCCAUGUCUGCACUGAUGAAUCUUGGGGAACUCGAUGCAUCUGUCCCGUCGGAUACGAACUCGCUCCCAACGGGACGGUCUGUCAAGAUGUUGAUGAAUGUUCAUCGGGUGUUGGGCCCUGUUCACAUCUCUGCACCAACACCAUGGGAUCCUACUACUGUGGCUGCAGAGAGGGUUUUAAACUUCAGGACGGCUCCUCAUGUCGGGCUUCAGGCAAUGUUACCAGAUUGCUGAUGGUGCAGAGGAACUCCAUUGGACUGUUGAAUGUUAAAUCCCAACAGUUCAACAGCAUCAAGACUUCGGUGUCUGACCUAGUGGCCUUAGCUUUUGAUAUUGCCAGAGGUUGGUACUACUGGGCUGAUAGCGGUGGCAGCAUUUAUAAAAGUGAUGGGCAUUACAGCUGGACAGCCUACACUGGAGAUCCUGGAAUCAAAGGCCUUGCCUGUGAUUGGCUAAAUGGAUACCUGUUCUGGACAAAUAAGAAGACUGAAUCAAUCUAUAUGCAGGCAGCAGAUGGGAAAAGUUUCACAACUCUGCUGAAUAAGAAUGUCAGGCCCUCAGAGUUGGUGAUUCUACCUACUGAGAGCCGAAUGUUCUGGAUCAAUGAUGGUCCAGGAAACAGAGUGACAAUAGAGAAGUCCUGGAUGGACGGAUCAGAUAGAAGCUCUCUUGUGGUCAUCACUGUGGAGUCUGCCCACAGCCUGACCGCUGAUGUCGCUGCCAGGAGGCUGUACUGGAUCAGCAACUUCAAAAGGUCCAUAGAGACUGUCAAGGUGGAUGGAACUGGCCGGUAUUCUUCCCCAGGACUCUUUAACAGGAGACCCGCUCUGAGCUUGGCUGUGUUUGAAAGCAUCUUCUACUGGGUUGACAACAAAGGACUGUGGCAGGUUCCACAAAACCAACCAACUCAAAGGAAAUUUAUGUGGAAAAUGGAACCGACGCUGUUGGCCGUCUACCAUGACCUGCAACAGCCUCAAGAUCCACGAUUCAUCUAUGCUACCAUGACCGCCAUCGGCUUAUUGGAGUUCAGAAGGAGAGGGUCUACAGAGACGGAGCUGUUUACAACAGAUGAUGGAAUCCUGUCGUUUGAUCUUGACUGGUACAGAAACUGGCUGUACUGGACCAACCAAACUGGUCACAUUCAACGGACCAGUUUAACUCUGGUCAAGUCGGAAGUCAUUCCAGCACCGAUGCCGGUUUGCCAGAUAAAUGUGGACCAGAGGAAUGGAAACAUCUACUGGGUGUCCUGUGAUGAAAGCAGCAUCGGCACCACCACCCUGGGCAAUAACUACUCAAAGCGGCUGUACCACACAACCGGGGAGAUCCGCAGCUUGUUUCUGGACUGGCUCAGGGGUGGGAUAUUCUGGCUGGAGGACGAGCGAAUCUUCAGCAUGGAGAUGUUUGGAGGCAAAGCGAAGGAGCUGCUGCAAAUAGCAGGAGGGGUCAGGGGCGGCAUUGCCUUUGACCUCAGGGCCGGCAGUCUGCUCUGGAACUCCAAAAGAGCAGGUCUGACAACAGUAAGUUUACUACUAGAGAGAAGUCACCAGGCAGGAAAAAGAUGGAAUGUUUCCGGUUCCAUUGUGGCUGCAUUUGAGCCCUACAUGAUGUCCAGUUCUGAUGACACGCUGACUCUGUGGGACCGGCGUGACGGCAGCCCCAUUCGGGACAUGGCCGUCAAAGGUCCCGUGUUGAGUGUCAUUCCUGCACUUGGGGACAUUGAAAUGGUCUGCCUCCCACAAGCUGACAUCUGCAACGGGAAGAGGGACUGUCCAGAGGGAGACGAUGAGGAGUUUUGUGUUGUCACGUGUCCGUCUGAAGAGGAAAUCAUGUGCAAGGACCGCAGCCGCUGUAUCCCCAGAAGCUCUGUGUGUGACGGCCGCUCCCACUGCCGGGACGGCUCGGACGAAGUGGACUGUCCGACCGUAGCGUCUCCCACAGCUCAGGCCAGCGUCCUGAAAUGUCGCAGUGGCUCCAAACUAUGCAACGAUGGCACAGAGUGCGUUAUGUACGGCCACGUGUGUGACGGCGAGGAGGACUGCAAGGACGGGUCUGAUGAGCUGGAAUGUGAUGCCCACUCGGGUGAGGCGUCGCCCCCUCAGACGGCGCCAGCCUGCAGGAGCCCUUCUGUCCUCUGUCCUUCCUCCUCUGGCCGCCUCUGCAUCUCUCCCAGCCAGCUGUGUGACGGCGUCCAAGACUGCCCGGACGGCUUCGAUGAACAAGAUUCCGAUUUCCUCUGCAUAGACCGUCUGAGCUGCGUAUCCAAGAGCUUGCUUUGUGACGGCCGGGCCGAUUGUCGCGACGGCUCUGAUGAAAGGGACUGCUCGUACUCGAAUAAUGCGAAAGAGGUCAAACUGAAAUGUGGGUUUGGGUCAAGACCGUGUCGGGAUGGGACGGGAUGUGUCCUCCUGAGCCACAUCUGUGACGGUGAGAGAGACUGCAGAGAUGGGUCGGAUGAGAAGGAAUGCGCUGACUUCCGCUGCAAAGACCGUCUAAGCUGCAUUUCAAAGAGCCAAGUGUGUGACGGCCGCUCCCACUGCAGCGAUGGUUCUGAUGAGGUGGACUGUCCGGAUGUUUCUCCCACUUCAACCACCACCAGUGUUCUGAAAUGCCGCUUUGGCUCCAGGCCGUGUAAAGACGAGUCUGCCUGUGUGCUCUUGAGCCACAUUUGUGAUGGAGACAGAGACUGUCGAGAUGGUUCAGACGAAGAAGAAUGUGCCGACUUCCUCUGCAAGGACCGUCUGAGCUGCAUCCCGAAGGCUGUGGUGUGUGACGGCCGCUCCCACUGCAGCGAUGGCUCCGAUGAGGUUGACUGUCCAAAUGUGACCCCACAUGUUCCUCACAAAGAGGACCUGAAAUGUCGCUUUGGGUCCCGGCCGUGUCGGGACGGAACGGCAUGCGUCCUGCAACGUCACAUUUGUGAUGGCGAGAGAGACUGCCCAGAUGGCUCGGAUGAGGAAGAAUGUGCUGACUUCCGCUGUAAGGACCGUCGAAGUUGCGUCUCAAAGAGCCAGGUUUGCGACGGCCGCUCUCACUGCAACGAUGGCUCUGAUGAGGUGGACUGUCCAAGCAUGACUCUCCCCGCGUCCCCGGAAAACGUCUUGAAAUGUCGCAUGGGCUCCAGACCGUGCCGGGAUGGCACCGAAUGCGUCUUCUUCAAGCAUAUCUGUGAUGGAGAGGAGGACUGUCGAGAUGGCUCGGAUGAGGAAGGAUGUGAGGAUGCCACACUCGCGCCCCCCACCCAACCGCCGUGCAUCAGGCCAUCGGUUCUGUGUCCGGGCUCCUCUUUGUGCAUCAAACCAGCACAGAUGUGUGACGGAAGGAGAGACUGUCCGGAUGGAUCGGAUGAAAAGUGUAUAAAAAGAUGUCCCUCUCUGACCGACUUCCUCUGCAAAGACCGUCAGAGCUGUGUGUCCAGAAGCCAGGUGUGCGACGGCCGCUCCCACUGCAGCGACGGUUCUGAUGAGGUGGACUGUCUGGAUGCCGCUCCUCUGGCCACUCGGACUGUGUUGAAAUGUGGCAUGGGCUCCAGACCUUGCCAAGAUGGCACCGAAUGUGUCCUGUACAGUCAUUUAUGUGACGGGAUAAAGGACUGCCCCGAUGGAUCUGACGAGAACUGUGUAAAGAAGUGUGCUGAUAAGUCCGACUUCCUCUGCAAGGACCGCAGGAGCUGCGUCUCGAGGAGUCUGGUUUGUGAUGGACGUUCUCACUGCCACGAUGGCUCCGAUGAGAUGAACUGCCAGAGUGUCACUACUCCGGCACCUCAGGCCGAUGUCCUGAAGUGUCGCUUGGGGUCAAAGCCAUGCGAGGAUGGCAAAGAGUGCGUUUUAUACAGCCACAUCUGUGAUGGGGAGAGGGACUGCAUGGAUGGAUCUGAUGAACAGGGAUGUCAAGAAACAUGCAAACAAGGCGAGUUUCAGUGUGCCCAUGGGAAAAUGUGCAUCCCUGAAGCGGAGGUGUGCGACGGGAAAUCGCAAUGUCGAGACCAGUCGGAUGAACUGGACUGCUGGGAAAAAACCAAGAGCUGUGAGCACCGCUGUGGUGACGGCAAGCGCUGCAUCCCAAAGACAUUCCUGUGUGACGGAGAGAAGGACUGCCUCGACGGCACAGACGAAAUGGGCUGUGACCCCAGUGUUACUGGAACAGGAUCUACCAUUCCCAAAGCCACAUGCAUCACUCCCUCUGUUCUUUGUCCCGGCUCGUUGCUGUGCAUCACUCAAAAUCAGUUGUGUGAUGGGAAGGAGGACUGUCCCGAUGGAUUUGAUGAAGGAGACUGUGUGGAUAAAUGUGAAAAUCCAGAUGAUUUCCUGUGCAAUGACAAGAGGAACUGUGUCCCAAGAAUGCAUGUGUGCGACGGCCGUUCCCACUGUCUCGAUGGCUCCGAUGAGAAGCAGUGUCAAUCAUUGGAACUCACUCCAACUUCUACUAGCAGCCCAAAGUCGGGUCCAUUGAGGUGCAGUAAAGGUUUAAAGUUGUGUAAAGAUGGCCUGGAGUGUGUCUUGUACAGCCAUGUGUGUGACGGCGAGAAGGACUGCAAGGAUGGGUCGGAUGAGGAGGAAUGUCAGAGUCGGUGCAAAGCAGGUGAGUUCGAGUGUGCGCAUGGGAACAGAUGCCUGCCACCGGAGCAGGUGUGUGAUGGACAGUACGACUGCCGGGAUCGCUCGGACGAAGCCGACUGCUCGGAUGUGACCGAGAGCUGCCCCCAGCGCUGCGACAACAACACGCGCUGCAUCCCAAAGACCUUCCUGUGUGACGGCGAAAGGGACUGCGCCGACGGGUCGGACGAAGAGAAGUGCGGUGCGGUGGCCUGCGCGCUCCAUCAGUUCCGCUGUGCCAGUGGCCAGUGCGUGUCCGAGGCUCUGCGGUGCGACGGGUAUCCCGACUGUACUGACCGCUCGGACGAGGUGGGCUGCAGGAGGCCUCCCCGCUGCCCGGCGCAGCUCCAGUGCCCACACAGCCACGAAUGUCUGCAGAAAGAGUGGCUGUGCGACGGCGAAAAAGACUGUAACGAUGGCUCCGACGAGAAGGACUGCCACACCCCUCCAGUAAAGUGUAGGGCGUACCAGUGGCAGUGUGGAGACGGCCACUGUGUUCCUCUGUCCUGGAGGUGUGACGGAAAGGAGGAUUGUCUCGAUGGCACGGAUGAAGAGAAAUGUACCCAGAAAAAAUGCCCCCUUCACCUUUAUCAGUGCGGCAGCGGAGAGUGUGUGGACCCCAACAUGGUGUGCAACGGCCUCAUAAACUGUGCCGAUAGCUCGGACGAAGGUGGUGAAUGUGCUAAACACAACUGCUCCAGCUCCCCAGCCCCUCGGUGUGCCCAGCACUGUGUCAGCACCCCAAAUGGUCCGAGGUGUUACUGCGCAGCAGGCUUCUUACCGGAGUCCAUCACUGGAUCCUGCGUGGACAUAGACGAGUGCAGUUUGGUAUCAGACGCUGUGUGCAAACACACUUGCCUGAACACCCACGGAUCCUACCGCUGUAACUGCCACCCCGGCUUCUACCUGGAGCCCGACAACCAAAGCUGCAAGACAAAAGAUGAGCCUUUGCUUCUGGCGUCGGUGCAGUCUGAACUGUUGCUGCUCGGGGUCCAGAGCAGCAACCUGCAGAUUCUCUCUUCUGUUAACCGGCCAGUCUUCUCUCUGGACUAUCACUGGGCUGAACAGCGAGUGUACUGGCUGAGCCCUGAGUACCAGAGCAUCCGCUGGACCGACAUGAAAAACUCAAAGAAAGGGACGCUGAUGAAAGGCAUAAAGUCAGAUUCCAUAGCGGUGGACUGGGUUGGAAAGAACCUGUACUGGGUGGAUGGGAUGGUGGGACAGAUUCUGGCGGUGAAACUUGGCAAUGCCAUGACGAGGUCUGAGGACUGCACCGUGGUUCUGGGGGAGAACCUUGAGCAGCCGAGCUCACUGGUCCUGCUGCCGGACAGAGGGUUGAUGCUUUGGUCAGAGAUGGGCAGCACCCCUCAGAUCGAGCAGUCCGGGAUGGACGGCUCAAAGAGGAGGGUGGUGGUGAGCAGUGACCUGAGGUGGCCAGUCAGUCUGGCCUAUGAUCGCCUGGACAACAGGGUUUACUGGGCCGAUGAGAAGCUGCGCUGCAUUGGCUCUGCAACUCUGGAUGGACAAAACAUCAAGAUCCUCCAGAUGGCUGAAACUCCAAGCCCUUUCUCAGUGGCAGUCUUCAACGAUCAUGUUUUCUGGUCGGACACGAAGAGAAGAACUAUCCGAUCGGCCAACAAGAGGACUGGGAAAGAUCAAAAGGUUCUUCUCAAGAGACCUGGGCAACCCUUUGGAUUGAAAGUGAUGCAUGCAGUCUCCCAGCCAACGGUGCCCAGCCCUUGUGAUUUCAUACGCUGCUCCCAUCUCUGCCUCUUGGCCCCAACAACAAGAGGACAGUCUGGAGCAGCCGGAUCCCCGGCAGCACCUGCUGCCGUCUGUCGCUGUCCGAAGGGGCUUCUUCUGUCUCCGGAUAAAAUCACCUGCACUCCGCCAAAGGAAUCCUCAUUCAUUAUGCUCUUGUCCUCCGACACAAUUUACUUGCGCGCCAUGCGUCGUGAAGGCACUUCUCAGAAAAAGAUGCCAGUGGGCCGUGAUUUUGCCCUCCCAGGAGGCAAAGAGCCCAUGGGGUUUGAUCUCUCCGUCCCAGAGCUUUCUCUGUUUGUGGCUAAUGCGAGGCAAGGAUCUGUGGAUGUGCAGCGGCUUAGCAACUCGGGGUCAAAACCAGGACUUGCGCUCACAGGACAUAUAUUAAAUCUCCAGGCUGAUUCACUCACAGCCUUGGCCGUUGACUGGGUGACUUCCAACCUCUACUGGAGCAGCAACGAGCGGCCCGACAUCCAUGUGACAUCCCGUAAUGGCAGCCACACCACCUCACUGCCCCAAGGACCUCUGAUGGGUACCACGUCUAUUGCACUGCACCCUCCCUCAGGCAGACUUUGCUACAGUGCAGUAUUGAUGAAAAGUGGACAGAGCCAAACGGAGAUAAAUUGUGCUUGGAUGGACGGCCGCAACAAACAAGUGCUGUGGAGAAAGUCGAGCAUACCCCUCUCCCUUGUCUUCUCCAAUAAAGGAACGAACCUCUACUGGGCUGACGCUGGUGAAGGAGUAAUUGGCUCCAUUGGCGUGGAUGGAUCAGGGUACAGAGAGUACAAAACCGGGCCCACUCUGCUCAUCUCUUUCACACGUGUGGAAAAUAUCCUCAUUUGGGUCACACGGGAGAAAGAUGUAAACAAGCUAUGGUAUACUGAUGGCCUCCAGCCCAAACAACUUUGGUUUGAGACAAAGAGUAUUGUGGUGGAAGUCAGAGCCUACAAUAACGACAGUCAGUCUGGAGUAAACGGUUGCUCCAACAACAAUGGCGGCUGCAUCCAGCUGUGCUUGCCCUAUCCUGGAGGCCGCACCUGUAAAUGUGGGCGGGGCUUCCACAACGUCAGCUCCACUUCCUGUGCCCCGCUCCCCUCCUGCCCCGCCGGACAGGAGUCCUGCUCCGAUGGCAGUGGGUGCAUCGCCAGCACAAAGUUCUGUGACGGACACGUGGAUUGUCCAGACCAGUCCGAUGAACAGGACUGUCCACGUCCCAAAGCCGGCGGUGGCCCCUCCACCGUUCAUGGCAACUAUCAGAAGAACUCCGUUCUGUCGGCCCAAAACUCUGCGUCCUGUGACCUGGAGCACUGCGGCGGCCACGGCGCCUGCGUCUCAGAAGGCAAACGCACCCGCUGUCGGUGUGCAGCGGGUUACAAAGGAGACUUCUGUCAGGAGCAAGACGCUAGAAAGAGCCACCCCGCUGUCAUCCUGGGCUCCUUCAGCCUGGUCGCUGCAGUGGUCGUGGCCGCGUUUGUUUUAACUAAAAGGAAAAGUUGGAAGUUCUUUGGAAGAAAAUCUGCAGAUAAAGAAACACUGAUGGCUAACAUUGGUCUGCCUGCUGGACUUGAUGAUUCUGACUCUGAGGAACUGGAAUCCCCCAUAGACGUGAGGAGUCCACUGCGAGCGUUUAAGUCUCUGCGGUUUAAGUAGACUACCCAUGUAAGGCUACAUGUUGUGUGUAGAAUUGGUUGUAUGACAGCCAGAGGACUCAAAUGAUCAACAGUUUUCUCUGCAUUUCUACAUCUUGUACUCUUUCACUGUAAUAAACAUAUUUUGACUGGAA